AAAACACUUAAACGUGACUUUUAUCAAUAAAACUGCAGCAACUUCGCUUCAAUCAUAACCCUGAAGCGUUCAGUGGGACGCGUGAGCGAUGUCUUAAAAUAGUCCGUCUGUCACACUCCGAGUUGUAUAGUUUUGCGUAAAGUUAACACAUUUUAAUACGAGAAUGCGUGAAAUAGUUCAUUUGCAGACCGGACAAUGUGGCAAUCAAAUAGGAUCGAAGUUCUGGGAAAUAAUUUCGGACGAGCACGGGAUCGACACGACUGGACACUACCACGGAGAGAGUGACUUGCAGCUCGAGAGAAUCGGUGUUUACUACAACGAAGCUGAUGACGGCAAGCGCUUCGUGCCUCGCGCCGUUCUGGUGGACCUGGAGCCUGGGACCAUGGACGCCAUCAAGUCCUCGACGUACGGAGCGCUGUUCCGGCCGGACAACUACGUGUUUGGACAGAGCGGGGCAGGGAAUAACUGGGCUAAAGGUCACUACACAGAAGGCGCUGAGCUGGUGGAAUCCGUGCUUGACGUCGUCAGGAAGGAGGCCGAGGGCUGCGACUGCUUGCAGGGCUUCCAGUUGACCCAUUCCUUGGGAGGGGGGACGGGGUCCGGCCUUGGAACCCUCCUCCUCAGCAAACUCCGCGAGGAAUACCCCGAUAGGAUUGUCAACACUUUCAGCGUUGUACCCUCGCCGAAGGUGUCAGAUACCGUCGUGGAGCCGUACAACGCGACCCUCUCCGUGCACCAGCUGGUGGAGAACACGGACGAGACGUUCUGUAUCGACAACGAGGCGCUCUACGACAUCUGCUUCAGGACGUUAAGGCUUGCCUCACCCACCUACGGCGACCUCAAUCACUUAGUUUCAUUGACCAUGUCCGGGGUGACCACUUGUCUUCGUUUCCCGGGACAGCUAAACGCGGAUCUACGGAAGCUGGCUGUUAACAUGGUCCCGUUCCCGAGGCUACACUUCUUCAUGCCUGGUUUCGCUCCACUGACGGCUCGUAAUAGUCAAGUGUACCGCGCCCUGACCGUCCCAGAGCUGUCACAGCAGCUGUUCAGUCCCGUGAACAUGAUGGCGGCCUGCGACCCUCGGCACGGGAGGUACCUCACAGUGGCCGCCAUAUUCCGCGGCAGGAUGUCGAUGAAGGAGGUCGACGAGCAGAUGCUGGCCGUUCAGGAUAAGAAUUCGAGUUACUUCGUGGAGUGGAUCCCUAACAACGUGAAGGUGGCGGUGUGCGACGUGCCGCCGCGCGGCGUCAAGAUGGCCGCCACCUUCGUCGGCAACACGACCGCCAUCCAGGAGAUAUUCAAACGGAUCUCGGAGCAGUUCACGCUGAUGUUCAGGAGGAAGGCGUUCCUGCACUGGUACACCGGGGAGGGGAUGGACGAGAUGGAGUUCACGGAGGCCGAGAGCAACAUGAACGAUCUCGUCUCCGAGUACCAGCAGUACGAGGAGGUUGGCGUCGACGACGGAGACUUCGAGGACCAGGAGGAAAUACCAGAGGAGGACUAUUUAGAAGAAGCCUAACCAGGACGCAGCCCGGAGACCAGUCUUGGCGGCCUCCUCGCG